AUGGGCUCAGCAACUCUCGACAAGGGGGACACAGAAUGGAGCGAGAAUCUUAACAUGACAGUGAUGUGCAAGGACUGCAAGGAGUUUCCACCCAACCUAGUUGAAGAAUUCUCUUCUGGUGAUUUGGUGUGCGGCUCUUGCGGUCUCGUCAUCGGCGAUCGUAUCGUUGACACUCGAUCUGAGUGGCGUACCUUCGCAAAUGACGAUGGAAACAAUGAUGACCCUUCGCGUGUCGGUGACGGCGCAAACCCUCUGCUCAACGGCUCUCAGCUUACUACCCAGAUCGCUUAUGGCGAAGGCAGAGGCAGUCACGACCUGCACCGUGCUCAUGGCAGAUCUACUGCUGACAAGGCUACUAAGAGUUUACUCGCUGCGUACAAGGAGAUUGGCGCUCACUGCGAUGCUGUCAAUAUUCCAAAGAAUGUCUCGGAUACUGCAAAGCAUCUCUACAAACUCGUCGAUGAUGCGAAAGCAUUCAAGGGAAAGUCGCAAGAAGCUAUUAUUGCCGGCUGUAUCUUCAUCGCUUGCCGCCAGUGCGGUGUUCCCCGAACUUUCCGUGAAAUCUACGCUUUGACGAAGGUUUCGAAGAAGGACAUUGGCAGAACUUUCAAGGCCCUGGAGAGAUUCUUUGCUGAAGACAGUAAGGAUAAGAUCAAUGUUGUAGCUGGUGGUAAGUUUAGGUCCCAAGACCAGUACAAGACCACUACCUCCACGAAUGCCAAAGACCUCUGCCUCCGCUACUGCAGUCAACUCGGCCUCAAGAACCAACAGUUCGUCAAAGUCUCUCAAGGACUCGCUGACAAGAUGUCCACCGUCGGUGAUCUCGCCGGUCGAUCUCCUCUGUCAGUUGCUGCCGCCUGCAUCUACAUGGCCUCGUACUUGCUCGGCAAGCCGAAGUCUCCUAAGGAAAUAUCAGCUGUCGCUGGUGUCAGUGAUGGCACUAUUCGCACUGCUUACAAGUACCUGUAUCAGGAACGGGAGAGACUGGUUGAGCCCGAGUGGAUUGCAGAUGGCAAGGGUAACAUGGACAAUCUUCCAGUCGGCUGA